AUAUCUCUUCUGUUCAGUUUGGCGACUUCCAUAUCCAUUGCUUUGACGCUAACAUAUGUAUUUCAUCUUAUGCCCAGCCUUUCUACUAGCUACAUAUUACUUCAUAUCCUCUUUGUUUCAUCCUGCCUCGGAUUUUGGCUCUCGUUUUAUAUAACAGCAAGAAGCGAUCCAGGAUUUGUGGCUCAAUCACGAGAGGAUUGUCGUACUGCCAUUAUCCGACUAGUUGAUGAAGAAGAAUCUCGCCUCAUUGAAGCAGAAAAGCUAGCUUUGAUUGAAGCUCAGGCUAAAUCUGGUGAAAAAGUAGCCUCAGCUUUUCUUAAGCUACCUACUUCCAUUAACCCUUUGGAACGCUUCUGCACCACUUGUUUAGUACGAAAGCCUCUGCGGUCAAAGCAUUGUUCAUCUUGUGACAGAUGCGUUGCUCGAUUCGAUCACCAUUGCCCUUGGGUAUAUAACUGUGUAGGAGCGAGAAACCAUGGCUGGUUUAUUCUUUAUUUACUCUCUGUUUCGGUUUGUUCCUUUGCUUACAUCUGUUCUUCCUGGUCAUAUUUGAUCAAUCCCUCUGUGUCCAACCGUUGUUCUUCACAUUCUGGUAAGUCUUAUGUAACAGAACUGAAUCUUGGCCGUAUCCUUACUUGUGAUCCAUGGAUUCUCCUAUCCUCCAUUAGUGCUGUAAUAUGUGGCGUCUGGACAGGCACACUUUGUUUCAUGCAUAUUUACCAAAUGGUCUGGCUCAACAUGACCACGAAUGAGCGUAUGAAUGCUGAGAGGUAUUCAGAGUUUAACUCCAGACUAGCAGAUAGUCACCCAAAACCUGACGAUAAUUUUGCUCACGUCGGGCAUGGCCAUUACCCUUAUGCAGUUUAUUUCGAUCAUAAUAAAAAUACAAGCCCAUACAACCGUGGUGUUUGGAACAAUAUCCUUGAUCUUUUUGGAAUUUGGGGUUAUCCCGGUCAUUCUCGAAGUCCUGUCGAUUGGCGACAAGUUUAUUCAUUAGACCAAGUUUCUUCUAAUUCAGAACAUUUCCUCUACCAGACCAAGAAGACUUCAAAUAAUCCCAGCUUGGCACCUGUGCUUUACGCUUGA